CUUCCAGACACUGGAUAUAGAUAGCCAGAGCCAAAUAAAAAUUCAAGCUUUCACUUCAAAACACAACGCAAACGCAACAACUCAAAAAUGACUACAUGUAGCAGCACAUCAUCAUCCCUCAUGUUAACUUAUGCCGCCUCUUCUGUACACCCCCAAGACUUGACGCCCUCGCUUUCUCUUCUCUCCUUCAAGCCCAAGACCACUACUUUUUCGUGUUACAGCAAGCCCUUGGUGUUGAGCUGUCGAGGGGAGAGGAAAACGAGCCAAUGGGUUGAUUUUGGUGCGUUGAAAGAGAUAAAAAAUGGGGCUUUUAAUGGCCACGUGGUUGUGGCCGCGGUGGCUGCCGAGGCGGAGGUGGCUACUGAUGACGUGGAGGCGGCUGAAGGAGGUGGUGCUGAUGUGGCUACCGCUACUACUACAACACCACCACCAACAACAAAGCCUAAGAAGGGCAAGGCCGCGUUGCCUCUCAAGAGAGACAGGACGAGGUCGAAGAGGUUCUUGGAAAUUCAACAAUUGAGAGAAAUAAAAAAAGAUUAUGACUUGAAGACAGCAAUAUCGUUGAUCAAGCAAAUGUCAAGUACAAAGUUUACGGAAACAGCUGAAGCUCACUUUCGUCUCAAUAUUGACCCCAAAUAUAAUGAUCAACAGCUGAGAGCAACAGUAAAUUUGCCAAAGGGAACUGGACAAACUGUUAAAGUGGCUGUUCUUACUCAAGGUGAAAAGUUCGAUGAGGCAAAAAAUGCAGGAGCAGACUUGGUUGGCGGUGAAGACUUAAUUGAACAAAUAAAAGGAGGAUUCAUGGAGUUUGACAAGUUAAUUGCUUCCCCCGAUAUGAUGGUUAAGGUUGCCAGCCUAGGAAAGAUUCUUGGACCACGGGGGCUCAUGCCAAAUCCAAAAGCUGGUACUGUUACAGCUAACAUACCUCAGGCUAUUGAAGAAUUCAAGAAAGGGAAAGUUGAAUACAGAGCAGAUAAAACUGGGAUUGUACACAUACCAUUUGGGAAACUUGACUUUUCAGAAGAAGACCUCCUUGAAAACUUCCUGGCUGCCGUAAAAUCAAUUGAAACAAACAAGCCAAAGGGUGCAAAAGGAGUAUACUGGAAAAGUGCCCAUAUUUGCUCAUCAAUGGGACCUUCCAUUCGGUUAAACAUAAAGGAGAUGUUGGAUUACAAGCUUCCAUCAAACGCUUGAAGAACAAAACUAACUUCUUGUAAAUGAUGUCUUCAACUGUUCAAUCAGCGUUAAGGUAUCGCUGCCAGUGCUCGCCAAUGCUUGGUAAAAUUGUAGGAGAGUUAAUCACGGCGUAGUGAGGAAACCCUGAUUGUCACAUUUUGAAUGAAAUUGUAGCUAAACCAAAAAAACAUGCAUACUGCAUAGUUUUUCUCUAUACUGACAAGACAUAAGAUUGUGUAACACUGUUAUUAUCAAUUUCAUAUCUGCAAUUUUUUGAUGAGAAA